UGGAAAACCCCGUGUGCGACCCUGGCGAUGGAGAACCGGCCAAUAAAUUAUCGUUCAUCCGCCGCGGCGGGCUGUCGAGGAAGACGAGAUUAUUUUGUAGGCCUCUAGAAUGCCUCAGAAGCUAGAGUCAUUUCUUGAACACCACAGAAGUACGGCAUUCUUGGACUGGCCUAAGUCCCAUGCUGAACCUGCAGCUCCCUCUGGAAAUAACAAAGGGCCAUCCUGCCAGCCUGCCACAACUGAAGGACUUCACUGUGAAUGUGGGUCAAGCCUGCAAGCAUCUGAAGCAUCCUCACUGGAGAUUCCCCAGUGGAACCCUGCAGCAGCAUUUCCUGCCUAACCAACUGUUGUCUGCCAGGCUUGCAAUCAUGGAUCCUCUGCGGGAAGCAAAUGGCACCUUUGCCUUAAACCUUUUGAAAAUACUGGGAGAAGACAGCUCAAAAAAUGUAUUUUUCUCACCCAUGAGCAUCUCCUCGGCCCUGGCCAUGGUCUUCAUGGGGGCAAAGGGAGACACUGCAAGCCAGAUGAUUAAGGCGCUUUCUUUGGAUAAAUGCAGCGGCAGUGGAGGUGGAGAUGUCCACCAGGGCUUCCAGUCACUUCUCAGCGAAGUGAACAAGACCGGAACACAGUACUUGCUCAAAACAGCUAAUAAGCUCUUUGGAGAAAAGACUUGUGAUCUUUUAGAAUCUUUUAAAGAUUCCUGCCGCAAGUUCUAUGAAGCAGAGUUGGAAGAGCUGGACUUUCAGGGAGAUACAGAGCAGUCCCGACAGCACAUCAACACCUGGGUGGCCAAAAAGACAGAAGAUAAAAUUAGAGAGUUGCUGUCUCCAGGUACACUGAAUUCAGACACUCUGCUGGUCCUUGUGAAUGCCAUCUACUUCAAAGGAAACUGGGAGAAUCAGUUUGACAAAGAGGACACCAGGGAGAUGCCUUUCAAAAUCACCAAGAAUGAGGAGAAACCUGUGCAAAUGAUGUUCAAGAAGUUUACCGUCAACAUGACCUAUAUUGGAGAGAUAUUCACCAAGAUUCUGUUGCUUCCCUAUGCUGGCAAUGAGCUGAACAUGAUCAUCAUGCUUCCAGAUGAGCACGUUGAACUGAGAACGGUGGAAAAGGAAAUAACUUAUGAGAAAUUCAUGGAGUGGACAAGGCUGGACAAGAUGGAUGAAGAAGAGGUAGAGGUUUUCCUCCCACGGUUUAAACUGGAGGAGAAUUAUGACAUGAAGGAAUUCCUGUGCAAGCUGGGCAUGACUGAUGCCUUUGAGGACAGGGCAGACUUUUCUGGAAUAUCUUCCAAGCAAGGCUUGUUCCUGUCCAAGGUUGUGCAUAAGUCCUUUGUGGAGGUCAAUGAGGAGGGCACAGAGGCUGCUGCUGCUACAGCUGCCAUCAUGAUGAUGAGGUGCAUGAGGUUCACCCCUCGCUUCUGUGCCGACCACCCCUUCCUUUUCUUCAUUCAGCAUGUUAAGACCAAUGGCAUUCUGUUCUGUGGCCGGUUCUCUUCUCCCUGAGGAAAGGAUGCUCCUAUCAGUCUUUUACCCAUUUUCCAUGGUUUGCCUGUGUCCCAAGUGACCUUAUCCAUAAGUGCAAUGACAAUUUGAAAUAAAGGGCUUUCUAGCAUCCCA